AUUUUCCAAACUCAACUCACGAAUCACACUCCCUUCUUUCUUUCUCUAUUUUUCAAAGAAUCAUAACGAAAACGAAGACGAAACCAAAAGAAUUGAAGAUCCCAGAUUCCAGAACCUUCCAACAACAAUGAGCAUUCUUCAGUAUCCAGAAACCGCCACCAACACUGAGCUUCAGGUUUGGAACAACGCAGCAUUCGACGGCAAAGAAUUCGAAGGCUUCUCGUUCCCUGUGAAGUCUUCUUGGUCCUCCAUUCACUCAACGGAUUCUCUCCGAUCCGAUUCCACCAAGGAAAACCUGAGCCCCGCUGCACUCAAUUCCUCCCCCGUUCCCGCCAAGAACAAGAACAAUAAGGGUUUUGACGAACCAGAAGACGAGAGAAAGAUUGACCUCGAGAUCCGACAAAUUGAGGAUCAGAUCAAGCGCUUAACGUCCAAACUCGAAUCGCUUCGGCUUCAGAAAGCGGCGGCGGCGGCGAAGACGGUGGAGAGACGCGGAAGAAUUGUGCCGGCUAAGUUCAUGGAACUGAAGGAGAGUUCUCAAAGCUCUGCUAUCAAGAUAAUCGAAGAGACUCCGAAAACAAAGGUUGCGAUGGCGGCGCCGGCGACGAGGAGAGGAAUGAGUUUAGGGCCAGCUGAGAUCUUCGCUGGAGGAGGGAGGUUCUCUUCGAUCCGGCCGGGGAAGGCGAAUAUUGCUAAUGCUACAACCGCUGUUCCGGCUACGCAGAGUCGUCGGAAAUCGUGUUUUUGGAAACUGGACGGUGUGGAUGAAGUGAAGGCAGUGAGUGAAAGGAAGAAAACCUUGAGCCUUAGCCCAAAAUCGAAGAGAAUCGGCGGUAGAUGUGACUCGGUUCAAGGUUCAAAGCAAGCUGCAACUGUUACUUUGGGAACAAGGAAGACUGGUGCUGUUGCUGCAUUGGUUCAGCCGAGGAAGCUGUUCAAGGAGGGGGAGAAAUCUGUGCCUAAUAAGAAGGCGGUGAAGCAGGGGAGAAUGGUAGCAAGCCGGUAUAACAAUAAUAAUGGUGGUAAUUCUGUUGGUGUUGAUGCAAGGAAGAGGUCAUUGCCUGAGAAUGACAAGGAUAAUGAUGGUGGUAAGAGGUGGGACAAGCGGCGCGCCUCGUCGCUGCGAGGGAGUGGUCAGGGGAGUGAGGUUAGGGUGAAGAAGAGGUGGGAGAUUCCUGCACAGGUUGUGAUGUGCAAGAAGAAGAAUGAGAAUGAGGAGGUGGAGGUGGAGGAGGAAAAGGAAGAGAUUCAUGCAGGUGUGAGUGGUGUGUUGCUUCGGAAAAUUAGAACACUCAGGUACCUUAAUGAGAGUCCUAGAGAUUCUGGAGCUGCUAAAAGGGUGGCUGAUUUGAAUGGAAAGAGGUCUUAUUUCUGCCCGGACGGCGACAAUGAUGACGGCGAUGAAGAUAAUCAUGAAAUGGAGGAGGAUGAGGAGGAGUCUGUUUGCCAGGUCCUAAGUUUUGAUGAUGAUGAUGAUGGAUGCUGAUGAAGAAUGUAGACGGAAUGUGAGUUUUGUAGAACUUGCUAUGUUCUGCUUAAUUCUUGGGGAGCUGAUAUUGAUAUCUGUUGAGUAAAAAUAAAUAAAUAAAUAAGCAACGUUUUCUUCUCCCAGUUGCUGGAGCUUUGUGAC